AUGUCGGACAAUAACUCUGUACGUGCUCCUUCUCCAACUCCAAGUGGUAAGUAACUUACAUUGUACUAGAUCGUUUUUCUCUUGUUAAUUUAAAUUUUGAAGGUUGAUUUUAUAAAAAAAUAUUUUCAGAUGCCAGUGCCUUGAACUAUGGCUCAGAAUUUGGUGGUUCCAUGGUGUCAGCCUUCUCUCACGCUUCCCAGAACACCAACCGAUCUCAAGGUCGGAAUGGUCAACGUGUUCGUGCGGAUUUGGCCGGCUUGGCCAAUUCGAAUCAUCGUACGAUUCGAGUGGAUCAAGUUGAUGAUGUGUUGAAUAUGGAAGUUGAUGAAAAUCAAGCUCCCGGCCAGAAAAUGUACAUUUGGGGUACUCGUAUUGCCGUUGAUGUUGUUCAAGCUCAAUUCAAAGAGUUUAUCAACAGUUUUACUGUAAGUUUUUUUGGGUUUUUGUUGAUUUUUAGGUAAAAUUCGAAUGCUACUUUUUGGAGGGUGAAAUGAAUGGUUUUCUAAGCAGAUUUGUUGAGAUUUCCAAUAUAUUUGAGUAGUGGUCAAUUUUCCUAUACCUCCAAAGAAAGCUUCACUAUGCAAAACCUCGACUAAAACUCAAUCUCUCUUUCAGGCGGCUCAAGUAGAUGAAGAUGAAACCACAGCAAUUGGUGAGGAUGGUAAGCGGACUGAAAUGAACUUGAACGAACCUUAUUAUAUUCAACGUUUGGCUGAAAUCAGUAUCUCUGAAGUUCCUGUACUGAACCUCAAUUUGGGUCAUGUUAAGCAGUUCAAGGAGUCGUUAUACAAGAUGAUUGUCUCAUAUCCAGCUGAUGUGAUUCCAUAUCUUGACAUGGUUGUGAACGAGUUGUUUGAGAGUUUGCACCGUAAAUUGUUGUUGCCAAUUGAAGUUCGACCUUUCAAUGCUGAACAGACCAAGAACUUGAGGGAUUUGAAUCCAGAAGGUUGGUUUAAGGGUUUCUUGGCUUAGAAUUACGAUAGAAAGGAGAAUAUUUGUUAUUUUAGGUAUUGAAACGUCAAAAAUUUAUAUUUUUUGGUAAAAGGAGGUGAAAUUGAUGUUUCGGGCUAAAAUUUAGAUAUAAAUUCAAAAAAGUGAUGUUUUUGAUUCUUUAAAGUUAAACUUUUAAAUGUUUUAGAUAUUGAACAACUGAUUACGACCAGUGGAAUGGUUGUGAGGAUCUCACCUUUGAUUCCAGAGAUGAGAGGAGCUUACUUCAAGUGUUCCAUCUGUAACUUCCCUGUAAGCUUUUAUAACUAAUUUUUUGAUGUUUAGGUAUCAAAAUUGGUUUUUAUAUGAAGCGCUUGACUAUGUAAAUGCUUAGGAUUACUAAAUUUUGUAUUUUACGUGAUUUAUAUUAACAUGGAUUUUAUAUAUGAUAAUAUAAAUCACGAUUUUUACCAACAGGUCAAUUUAAAUUAUGAUUUUCGAUGAAAAACUACAUUUCCCUUACUUAAACCUAACAUUCUCUAAACUUUUAGACCGAAUGCGACGUAGACCGAGGACGAAUUGAAGAGCCAACCACCUGUACCAACUGCAGUAACUCGAUGUGUUUCCAAAUCAUUCACAAUUUGUCUGUUUUCCUGGACAAACAGGUCGUCAAACUUCAAGAGAUUCCAGGAGACGAAAACACUGGUCAUACCCAACACACAGUCAACUUAGUUGUUCAUGGUGCUCUGGUGGAAAAUGUACAUCCAGGAGAUCGUGUCUCAGUGACCGGCAUCUUCAGAGGUAACUUCAACAAAGUUCAUCCGGCUAAAAAUGCUCUGAAUGCUAUUCUGGCCACUUCUAUCGAUGUUCUACACUUUAGAAAGAUGAAUCAGAAUCGGCUGCACGAUGUUAAUGAUGGGUAAGUGGGUUGGGAAGGUUUUGAGGUUUGAAUUGUAGAGUUUUGGUGGGGUUUUUACUGAUUUUUUAAAGAUUUUUGGUUAUUUUGGCUUUUUGAUAACGUUAUUUGAAGACAGAUCAAUUUAAGAUGGAAAAAUAUGUUGAAAAGCAACAAGACUUGUUCCAACAAGAUUAUAAUAUUCAUGUUUUUCAGAAGCUACUUGACAGAAGAACGAAUCCAAGAGAUCCUCAAGCUCUCCAAAGAACCAGACGUCAUCCACAAGCUUUGUGGAGCCAUUGCUCCUCAAAUCUUUGGCCAUGAAGAUGUAAAACAAGGUCUUCUCUGCCAACUCUUUGGUGGAACUCGAAAACCAACCAAAGAAAAUGAAAAUCGGUCGAAACUUCGCGCCGAAAUCAACGUUUUACUGUGUGGAGAUCCAGGAACGGCCAAAUCACAGUUGCUCCAGUACAUUUACCGCCUCAUGCCUCGCUCCCAAUACACGUCAGGCAAAGGCUCAUCAGCUGUUGGUCUAACAGCAUCAAUUGCUCGAGAACCAGAAACUAAGGGUGUGGUACUACAAACUGGUGCUCUGGUUAUGGCCGACAAUGGAGUGUGUUGUAUUGAUGAGUUUGAUAAGAUGACCGACUCGACUCGCUCGAUUCUGCAUGAAGUCAUGGAACAACAGACCUUGAGUAUCGCCAAAGCAGGCAUCAUUUGUCAGCUGAACGCCAGGACUUCGAUUCUGGCCGCUGCCAACCCGAUCGGGUCGAAAUGGGACCAGAAGAAGACCAUCAUUGAGAAUAUUAACCUGCCUCACACAUUGUUGUCCAGGUUCGAUUUGAUCUAUUUGAUUAUUGACCCAAAGACUGAAGAGUAUGAUAGGAGAUUGGCUCAGCAUUUGGUCAACUUCUAUGUGAAGAAUGAGGAACAAGAAGAGGUUCAGGCGACUGUUGAUAUUGGAUUGUUGAGGUAAGGGUAGAUAAAGGCUGUGAUUAUGGGUUGAAACGUCUGGGAAUGACUGUUUUGAAGUAGUAAAGGAAUGCCUAUAUCUUUGAAGGCAUUUAUUUAGUUUAAAGUUGAUUUGAAUGGUAUAAUAAGGCCCUUUUGCUACUUUUUUGUAAAUUAAUAUGGUUGAAAAUUUUUUAUCAACUAAAAAUUCAACCUUCAGAGACUACAUUGCCUACGCCAAGGAGCACAUCAACCCAAAAAUCAGCGAAAAAGCGGACCAAGCCCUCCUACAAUACUAUCUAGAGAUGAGAGAAGCCGGCAAACGAGCAGGCCACAUCACCGCCUAUGCUAGACAACUGGAAUCUCUCAUCAGACUGGCCGAAGCCACGGCCAAGAUGCGCCUAAGCGAAUGGGUAUCGAAGGAGGAUGUGGACGAAGCCUACAAGCUCUACAUGAACGCUCUCCGCCAGUCGGCCGUUGACCCGGACACUGGUUACGUAGAUGUAAGCAUCCUGGCCACAGGCGUGGCAGAAUCAACCAGACAACAUGCUGCUGCCCUGUCAGAGAAGAUUAUCAAGUUGUUCAGCGCAAAGAACCUACAUCAAAUGAGUGUAAGCAAGCUGUUGACUGAAGUCAGGAAUGAUGAUACUACGAUUGAUAAACACGUCUUCAAUGAAGCAUUGCAACUGUUGACAAAGGAACAGAAAAUCAACCGUGCUGGUGAUAAGAUCACUUUGGUGGCUUGA